CAAAGCGGAUACGCACGAGGAUGUCAAAAUAAGUAUCAACUUCAGUAAAUAUGUACUCUUGGAGAAGCUUCAGCGGGUUCCAAAGCUAAGUUCGAACGAGCCUUCUACAGAAUAUCAUGUAAACACAUAAUGUUGCCUACUGUUCAAAUACAAGAGCAUCCAAAAAACGGUAUCUAAAGCGGUGCAUCAAAGGAUACGCGCGUGCAGCUCAUCCAGAGUUGACCAAGUUUUGCCCCUAGUCAGAGACAGACUAUUCUGGUAUGACUAGUCGGUUUGGCAGUAAGGAUCUAUAGCCGUUUGAUUCUUACCCGCACAUUUUCUGUUAGUCUACAUUUAAGGUGGAACUAUAUCUAAAGUUUUGAAGAUGAAUAGCUCAGACAUACUUUGCAAUCAUGAUGAUACAGGUGAUUUCACAAACAGCAACUCGUCCUGUGGAAACAGAACUAGUUCCCCGUACAGCUUCAUCGACUUGGCGACUUUUAUGCACAUCUUCCCAUCCAUCUACGGCAUUCUGUGUACAAUAGGAGUAAUCGCCAACAGUUUGGUGAUUUACGCACUGUCGACAUGCAAGAAGAAGAUGGUUUCGGACAUUUAUGUGCUGAACUUAGCCAUCGCAGAUAUGCUGUUCCUUCUGGUGAUGCCUUUCAACAUUCACCAGUUGGUCCGGGACAGACAGUGGGUGUUCGGGAACUUCAUGUGCAAAGCGGUAGUGGUGGUGGAUGUUAGCAACCAGUUCACAACAGUGGGGAUUGUGACAGUGCUGUGUAUUGACAGGUACAUUGCCAUCGUGCACCCCACCUCUGAAAAGCGUACCAUCCAGUCGACCAUCAUCAUCAACCUCCUGGUAUGGUUUGGCAGCGUGCUGCUAACCGUGCCAGUCAUGAUCUAUGCCAGGGUGGAGAGAAAGCGCAAACUUGAGAUGUGCAUGAUGUUUCUGGACGGGCCUGAGGACAUGUACUGGUACACCCUUUACCAGUCCAUCCUGGGAUUCAUUCUGCCCCUCAUCAUCAUGUCCACCUUCUACUCCCUCACACUCUACCACGUCUUCAGAUCCAUCCGCCGUGUCAAGCGCAAACAGUCCGUCUGGGCGAAGCGGGCCACCAAGACUGUGGUAAUGGUCAUUGCUCUCUUCCUGGUGUGCUGGACCCCGUAUCACGUGAUCCAGGUGAUAAACCUGAGCAACAACACGCCAACCAGCCUCUUCGUCUAUGCCUACAACAUUAGCAUCUGCCUAAGCUAUUCGCACAGCUGCAUUAACCCACUCAUGCUGCUGGUCUUUGCUCAGAACUACCGUGAGCGUCUCUGUCGCAACAAGGAGUUGAGGAGCUCUCAGCGCAACUCCUCCAAGACCACCGUGGUAAAGACGGACGCUUCAAGUGUGUCUCCCGACCCUAACUACCGCUGUACCGUCAUCUAAUGCAUCUUUAGAAACUCAUUGUAAUGUUUCCAUGAUUGAUGGAUGGUCUUUCGCUCCCCCUUUGAGUUUUUGGAACAGUG